AUGGCAGACGAAGAAGGUAAUCCGCUUGGAUUGAAUAAUGAGGGGGAUAACAGAGUGAUCCCACAUAAUCUGCAGAAUCAGCAGGAUCUGCAAGGACAGAAUAACAACAGGCAGAGACAACCAACAUUGAUGGAAUUCUUUCAGUCGAAUGUAGGAAAUACUACUCAUGGUUACUUUGCACAUCCUGUGCGGGCAAACCAUUACGAGAUUAAGACCAAUAUCAUUCAGUUGUUAGAAGCCCGCUGUCAGUUCUAUGGGCUACCGAAUGAAGAUCCAAAUGCGCACCUCUCGAAUUUCCUGGAGGUGUGCAGUACAUUCAAGCUCAGCAACAUGACAGAAGAUGAAGUUUGGCUGCGUUUAUUCCCAUUUUCUCUGAGGGAUAAAGCGAAGAUCUGGAUUCAUGCUCUGCCUAGAGUUGGCAUUAACAGAUGGUCAGAUUUGGCAAAGGCAUUCCUGAACAAGUACUUUCCCAUGGCGAAGACCGCAAAGUUGACUAGAUAUAUCAUGCUUUAUCAGCAACUGGAUGGAGAAUCAGUGAGUGACGCAUGGGAGCGGUACAAGGAAUUGCAGAGAAAAGUUCCUCAUCAUCAUAUUACGGGGCAGAAUUUGAUCCAAAAUUUCUAUAAUGGGUCAAAUGAUCAGACCAGGAGUAUCAUUGAUACAGCCGCAGGAGGGUCAUUGAUGAGGAAGACCACUGACGCAGCACUUGAGCUGUUAGAUGAGGUUGCAGUGAACAGCUGUUCUUGGCCAACUGAGAGGGCGAAAGCACCUGCUCAGAGAGGAGUGAUAGCAGUUGCUACUGAUCCAAUAGUGGAGACGGUCAAGUCACUACUACAGGAGUUUCUCACAAAACAAGUUGUAGCACCCAACACUCAUAGUGUUUCUGCAAUUCAGAGUAACUGUGAGGUUUGUGGAGUUCCUAGCCAUAUGGCGAAUGAGUGCUAUGUGGUGUCGCGACAGUUCAAUGAGCAAAUAAACUAUGUGGGAGGACAGAGACCAGGAAAUAAUCCAUAUGCUGCUACUCACAAUCCAGGGUGGAGAAAUCACCCAAAUUUCUCAUGGAAGGAUAAUGGAAAUCAUAUCCACAAUCAGGCAGGUCCUAGUUUUCAAGGAGAACAAAGAUCACAGCAGAAUCAAGGAAACUUCCACCAUCAGAAUAGUAGGCCACAACAUCCACCUGGUUUUUAG